AUGGUUGCGUUCGUGGGGCGGCUGCGGUUCGCGGCGGCUCGGCGAGGACAGGGGACGCGGGCGCAUGGACGGGGGCGCGGCACGUCAGCCCGACGCGCAGCUACGGGCAGCCGCGGGACUGAGGGGCGCGGGCAACGUGGCCAGGCGCGCGCUCGCGCGAGAGAGAGGGGAGGAGACGGCUCGGCAGCGGGGCCCGGCGACGCUCGGCCUGAGCGACAGAGGCGCUGGCCAAGCGCAGAGAUGGACGGCGCGGACGUCGGGGUGAGCACGAGCCGGGUGCAGAUGUAUGCGAGGCGGCUGUGGUGGUGGUGGGCUCGGCACGGCACUACGGAGCGCGGCCGCGGCUUGGCAGCGGAGUUGCGCAGGUCCCAGGCGAGGCACGGCAGAGGCGCGGGCCAGCGUGGGAGGGGGCGCAGUGACAAGCGGACCAGGGCAGAGCACUGGCACGGCCGCGGGAGACGCGGCAACGGCGUUGGCGUUGGCCGGGCGGGUGCGCUGUGCGGGGAGGAAGAGGAAAAGCUGGGAUUGCGACUCCCGCACGGAACCAAGGAGCUUCGCGCGCACCCAAGAAGAUGA